GCUACCCGUAUGUCAGGACGGUAUGUGACCCGAUCACCUUUCGCACAUACCGCUCGGCGCUCGCGGCUCAAGACCCAAAUAUUAUUGCUUAGUAAAUUACUGCUGAUAUCACAGUUUGCAUCAAUCACCGCAAACCAACGAACACACACGAUGUCGUCGAGCGCCAGACCUAUUGGAGAAAUGAUCAGCUGCGCUGUUAGCUAACGUAAAAGGUAACGGCUUUCAGGCUUUGAUCUUACACAAUGGCACGAAUAAAGCCUGGUAAACCGCAGCUGCCUUCGUUGGACACUGGGCCAGUCCCUCUGGUUUCCAUCCGGGAGCAAGCUCGCAAGCAGUUGCUGGAGGUUGUCGACUCGCGUCGCGGCAAGAAGGCGCUGGUGCUUGACCCCGCCGUGAGCGGCCCGCUGGGGCUGCUGGACACCUCGCUCACCGACCUGCUCACGGAGCAUGGAGUGGUCAAGCUGCUCUACCUGGAGCCCGGCAGGCGGCUGGACGACCCCGCCUACAGCGCCGCAGAGCCGCGGCUGGCGGACGUGCGCAACGUGAUGUACCUGGUGCGGCCUAGCGUGGCCAACGCGCAGGCGGUGGCGGCGCAGGUCAAGAGCAGGGCCAGGCCCGAGCAGCACGACUUCUCCGUGUUCUUCGUGCCGCGGCGCACCCUGGCAUGCGAGCGGGUGCUGGAGGAGGAGGGCAUCCUGGGGGACGUGGCCCUAGGCGAGUACUGCCUUGACAUGGUGCCGUACGACGAUGACGUCAUCAGUCUGGAGCUGGACACCGCCUUCUACGACUGCGUGUGCGACGGCGACUCCACGCCGCUCUACUACACCGCGGCCGCCAUCACGCGGCUGCAGGCGCUGUUCGGGGUCAUACCGCGGGUGCAGGGUAAGGGCCCCGCCGCCAGCGCGGUACGCGACAUGUGCUUCCGCAUGCGGCGGGAGAGCCCUGGGCUGCUGGCCGCGGCGCCCCUGGGCGGUGGGGCUGCUGCUGCUGCUGCUGGGGGCGGGGUUGCGGGCGGCGGGCGCAUCGAGCGCAUGGUCCUGUUGGACCGAGAGGCCGACCUGGUGACCCCCAUGAUGACCCAGAUCACCUUCGAGGGGCUCAUUGACGAGGUGACGGGCAUUCGGCACGGCUCGGUGCCCUGGCAGGCAAAGGACAAGCGCGGCGGCGGCGGCGAGGGCAGCAGCGGGCCCCCGGGUCGCACGCUGCUCAACAGCACCGACCCCUUCUACCGCGAGUUCCGCGACCUGCCCUUCCACAUCGCCAUCAUGAGGCUGCAGCAGUACGUGCUGGAGGCGCGGCGCGAGUACGCCGAGCUGGGCAGCAAGGACCUCAGCGAGCUCAAGAGCUUCGUGAAGGGGCUGCCCAAGCUCAACAUGCUGGACCGGCUGUCGGACGUGGCAACACCGCCCGCGGAGAGGGCCAAGGAGCAGCUGUUCCACGACCGGCUCAACCAGGAGCAGUUCAUCGUGGAGGGGUACGAGCCGGACGCGAGUGUGGCGUUCAUAGAGGAGCUGAUGUACCGCGGUGCUGAGCUGGUUGAGGUGCUGCGGCUGCUGGUGCUGCUGAGCUGCGUGGGGGGCGGGCUGCCGCGGCGGCAGCUAGACUCACUGCGGCAGGAGCUGCUGCACACCUACGGACACCAGCACCUGCUCACACUCAACGCGUUGGAGAAGUCAGGCCUGCUGAGGGCCUCCUCGGGCGCCCGCAGCCAGUUCGGGCUGCUGCGCAAGGCUCUGCAGCUCAUCGUGCCGGAGCAGGAGGGCGCGGGCGGCGCAGGCGCGGCAGCAGCAGCAGCCGCCCCCGGUGCUGCUGCCGACUCUGCCGGCGACGUGUCGUACCUGUAUAAGGGCUACGCGCCGCUGAGCAUUCGCCUGGUAGAGGCGGCGCUGAGGACCGGCUGGGGCCCCAUCUCCGAGGCGCUGCUGCAGCUGCCCGGCAACCACUUCGACAUGGUGCAGGCGCUCGACAACAACGGCAUGCCCAUCGAGCGGCAGUACAAGGCGGGGGCGGCAGCGGGCGCCCCCGGCAGCACGGCGCCUGCAGGUGCGGGCGGCGGCGGUGCUGGCCAGGCUGCGGCCUCGGCGUCUCUUGGCUCCGGCUCGGCGACACCCAUCAGCACGGCGGGCGGACCUGCGGGCCGGCAGGUCGAGACUGUGUUGGUGGUGUUCAUCGGCGGUGUGACGUUUGCAGAGAUCUCGGCGCUGCGCUUCUUGAGCUCGCGGCCCGAGUGGCCCUACCGCUUCCUAGUGCUCACCACCAAGAUAGUCAACGGGCGCACGCUGCUGCAGUCCUUCAUGGACCCCCUCGCAGCGGAGUUCGGGGCGGGCAGUGCGCCCUGAGGCGACAGCAGCUGCGGUUGCGGGGGCUGCGUGGUGGGAUUGUUGGUGUAAGGGUCGCAGCGCAUUGCGUGUUGCAGGUGCUGCUGCUGGUUGGAGGUUGCUUGGGGUUGGUGUUGGUAAUGUGUUUGUUGCGUGUGGAGUGUCGUGCUGUCGUCGCAUGUGGGAGACACGGUUGAGGCCGUGCGGAGCAUUGGAUUACAGAGGUGGUUCCGGGUGUGGAAGGCGUUGGGUUUGCUAACCGCUAGAUGGGCAGCAAGGCAUGGUGCAAGCAGGAGGGUAAUCUCAUAGAACCGUAGUUAUAUGACCGUAACAGUGUAUGCAACAGCAGGAGGAGUGUGGGGCUCGCAAGGGUGUACGGAAUGUAGGGUUCCGUGCCUUACACCUGUACUGAUUAGUACUGUGGGGAGAAAGUGUCUUGCACCCGGAUAAACAGCGAUCCGACUGGGCUUGAGGCUUGUCCAAGCGGGGUGAUAACUGUUAGGUGUGUGCCUUCAGGCAAGGGAGCUCCCAGGUGGCCUCUGCACCAUUACGGCAUAAGCUUGUAUCGAAGAUCGUACAGCAGUUAUAUGUUUUCUUGUUGCAAUAUAGGAGCCUUACAUAUACCGGUAUGGGUUGCUUAUGGAACAGGGGUGGCAGCCGGAGGUAUCAUGCCAGCUCCAGAACAUAGUACGGCAAGUGCCACCGAUGAUUAACCUGCGUUUGCAGCAUGUUCAUAGUAACUGAUGAAGUAUCCCCAAGCUACAUGAUUUAGGCUUAAGACACCAUACAUAGGGUUGCUUUCUAGGGGCGGUACAUUACAGCGCAGAAUACCAUGGCAUUGUGCUCUGUUCAAUAAGUCAUAUUGUGCACUUGCGGUGACGCAGUAGCAGGAUGUCCUCUGGCCAGGGCCUUGACCAAUCCUUUUUCCGCAUCGCCACGGAGUGCGCCGGCGUUCUGAAAGACUUUUGCCGUGGCCAGCGGGCAAAAGCGAAAAAGGCGCUUCAGCGUCUAGCACAGGAACACCCAAACAGCUUUUUGCCACACAGAUAUCUGGCUCGCCUGCUCUAUCACGAAAGUGCUCGAGUGGAAGCUGAUCAACAGGGGUCGUCGGGGACACUCCCAUCGCACAGGCGGCUCUCAUUGCUGCACUCAGCUUUGCUGGAAGCGAAACAGGCGUCGGAGCUUGCGCCUGGAUCGCUCAGCAGUGCGGCGCUACGUGCAACACUUCUUGUUAAUUUGCUAGUAGAGGAGUCUGCGCUGCAGGGUGGCUUGGCUAUUUCACAGGAACAGCCGCCGCAGCCGCCCGAACAGUCGCAAGAGGGCGGAAGCAGCGAUAAUUCUGGCUCAGCUGCUGGCUUUGGAUCUGAUGACGUAGCCUGGUACCAGCUGCAGCCAGAGGCUCGUUGCGAAGCGAUAAAGCGGGAGUUCCGCGAGGCGAUUGCGCAUUGCGUGAGGACGCUUGAGUGCAGCACUCCCCUGCUGGUGGAACCUGUCAUCACGAUCUCGGAUGCUCAUGCACGGACGUGUGAUCCCUGCUGCUUGAGGGUCCAGGACAACAUAGUGGAGUGGGUGAAGCAGGACAACUGGCAGCGCAUUGUGGCAGAGAAGCGCAGCGUGCUCGCGUGCAUGCACCAGGUGCUGGAGAGCUGCCACACUCUGCUGGACAGUACCCACAUCCCCGUAGACGGCAUUGUGCGACUCUUGCAGCACAUCCUUAGGCCACACCAGCAGGACCUCCAGCUUUGGGCCAGUCAGCUGCUUUUGAGCAAGGGCAGUGCAGACGAUUUCCAGCAAAAGUUCGAGACACAGGCGGCCGUCACAGAGCUGCUGCGCAUGCUCCGACCGGGCAGGCCGGGCGACGAGCUGCACGCUAACGGCAGCGCCCCCCAGGCACCCGUCCAGCAGGGCAAAGCGCAGUCCGCUCCCGCUGGAGGGAACAUGCAGGCUUCCCCGAACGCUGCAGCGGUGCAGCAGCCACAGCCGGCGCAGCAGCAACAGCAGCCUCGCGCGGCGGGUAUGAUGCCGCAGGCUGGCAUGGCGCAAGUUGAAGGCUCCGUGCAGAGCAGGGUCGCCGCUGGGCCCCUCGUCCAGUCAGCAGUCCCGCCGCCCCCGCAGCAGGAAGUUGCGCCAUGUCUGUCGGCGGAGCAGGAGUGGGACGAGGUGCGCGAGGGCGUCAGCGCAGCCUCCUCUGGCGCUGGGGCCUCCAAUGGGGGCGGAGCGGGUCCACGACGCACCGGCGCCAAGGCGAAGAACAAGGCGAAGGCCAGCGACCCCUCUCGCGGUCCCCGGAAGGAGCGCAGCCGCUACGAGCGCUACAUGGAUGUCGAGACGUUUUGGCGCACCACCUCACCAGAGCAACGGCAUGCCCUGCUGAAGGUGCCCAUGGCGGCGCUGCUGAAAGGUGUGCGGCGCGAGCAAGGAAACGACGCUGUGGAUGAGCUGAUCGAGGGGCUGGUGCUGCUGCGGGAGCAGGGCAACCGUGCGGCAUGCUACUGGCUGUGUCCCGUGUGCGAGCAGAAGUUCCACAGCAGUCGGGACUUCCUGGGGCAUGUGGAGCUGGUGCACGAGGGGCUAGCAGUGCAGGACAACAAGUACGUGUGCUGCUACAAGUGCCAGCAGGACGUGGUGGGCAUGUACUACACCAGCACGCGCACAGCAGGGUACAACCUGUGCUUCCGGUGCUACGCCGCCGACGCGGCGAGCAACUCUCCGGAGGCGUUUGAGAAGGUCUUCAUGCGGCCCUCCGCUGGCGGCCGCACCUGGUCCCACAGCGACUUCAUGAGCACACGCGACUCGUUCAGCUCUCUGAGCGAGCGCUCGCACCGCCACCACCACUACCAACACGCAGCAGGGACGCAGAAGGCGCACCAAGCAGGCGGCGCCGCAGCAGGCGCCGGCUCGGUUGCCCAUGUGCACACCGCGGGGUGCCGGCACCACCCGAACUGCCCGCAUCACAGCCAUGCGCAUGGGCACGGACAAGCGCAGUACGGGCUCGAAGCCUCUGCGGGGCAACCAGUGAUGGGCGAGGCUUCGGACGAGUGGCUUGCUCCGCUGCCCACUGGGUCGCUGUCUGCGCCUGUCGCCAUGCCAGACCCUCGGCAACCGGCGGCAUCAGGACCUUCCCCAUUGCCACUUCACGCCACCGGGGUGCGGCCCCGCGGGAAGUGCAGCAGCGGGGACAGUUGCAGUAGUUCAGACAGCCUCGUGGGGCAAGCCUUGCACAGCCGCAGCCUUAGUGAACCGCCAAACCACGGGCGGGUAGCAGGCUCGCAGGCGGGGGGCACUGGCGGGGCAAGUGCGUCGGCAGACGAUGCAGCAGAAGGUGCCGGCAGCAGCUCCGCGACGUGGCGGUCCUGGUGGGCUACUCGGCUCAUGCAGGGCUGGUCUGGGAAGGGCCAGCCGCGGCAAUCACAACAGCAGGGUCGGGGGGAGCUUGCGGGCCACGAGGGGGAAGGCAGUGGUCGAGGAGGGUCUGAGUCCAGCCAGGGGACCAACGCGCUGUCAGCUUUAGGCGCUGGAAUGCAUCCUCCUUCGGAUGCGGCGGAAGACAGCGUUUUGGGUUCCGAGGAGGACGACGAGGAGGUGGAGCUGCCACCUCCCCCUCACGCCUCGGGCGGAAGCCCCACUCGCGGAGGUGCAGCUUCGGACGCUUCUGGGGCCGACUACUUUGCCGGCGGCAUGAACGGCAUGGUCGCUGAGCUCAUGACACGGCUGCGAGAGAUCUACCUCACGGACCGCGACCUGGGCGACAUGAGCCUCGGCUCCAUCACGCAGUUUGUAUUCAGCACGCUCCGUGCGGGCGCCGCAGCCGAUGAUCUGCACCUCUCCUCAUGCCCGCCCGGGCCACGCGCCGUGCUGCUGGAAUUCCUGGCGCAGCCAUCCAUCGUUUUCCAGCGACCGCAGGCUCUAGCUGUCGUGCUGGGGCUUCUGCCGCUGGAGGACCUUCAGAAGGUGGCCUUGUACGCCAUGGGGCAGCACGAAGAGGCCGUCAGCGGCGCGGAGGCGGCAGCGCGCGACAUUGCUGCCGGCAGCGAAGAGGACGGUGACGUCGGUGGUGAUGAGGAGGAUGACCUCGAUGUCGCUGGCGGCUGCGGGUUGGGAUGCGAGCAUGACUACCAGCUUGAUCGCAUGGCGCAGCGCGAUGCGAUGGGCAUGGAUGUAGGGGAGGCAGCGAUGCAUGCGCAGGCGCCGGUACCACGGGCACGGCGGCGGCUUCGUUACACGAGCCGCCGAGCGCCAGCUGGCUCGCCGCAUGCCCAGCCACAGGGUAGCGGUGCCUCUGCAUCCUCGCAGUACGCCGCAGUAGCUGCCCACCACUACCAUCAGCAGGGGUCAGGACAGGGUGCGGCGCUGCUGCUCCCGCACGGGUGUGUCGGCGAGCAUGGUCUUGCCGGAAUCCACCUGCGCCGCAUCGACGACGAAGCCAGUGCCGAGGAGGUCUCGGAGGAAGAGAUGGAGUCGGCAGGCGAUGGCCUGGAAUAUGCCCUCGGGCCCGACGGCGAGCCCGUUUCCCUUCGAGCACUGCCACCGCACUUCGCAGCAGCAGUACCUCGCUCACAACAGCAGCAACUGCAGCAGCUUCGACAUGCCGGCGGCGCAGGAAUGCAUGUCGUCGCGCAUGCGGGUGUUGCCAUGGGCGACGGAGUCGGCGCCAUUAUCUGUGACGGUGAGCGCAGCGUGGGAGCCUCCCUCGACGAUGAGGGCGAUGAGGACGUCUCCGAGGACGUGGAGGGAGAGGCGGAUGAGGAGGACGUGUCCGACGAGGAAGACGGUGUCAGCCUGGGGCCCGAGGAGGAUGAGGAGGAGGAAGACGGGCCGUGCGUCUCCCUCUUCGUCGUAUCAGGGGAUGUGGAGCUGGGCUUUGACCGCCUCAUUACGCAAAUGUGGGGCGGCGGUGCGGACAGCGAUGACCCAGGAGCGGCUCAGCUCGAGCAGCAGCAGCAGGCAGGCGCUGGCCAGCAAGUUGCAACUGCCGGAGCUGCAAACAACCGCAGCCGUAGCCAGCAGCAAGGCAUCAGAGGCGGCAACCAGGGCAGCGGUGGACGGAACCAUGCGCAGCAGGGUCGCCAGCAAUCGCCAACAUCGCGUGGUGGCGCCAACGCGCCUGGCACGUCAGCAGCAGGUGGAGGUGCUGCGGGCGGCAACGGCGUGAGCGGCUGCGCCGCAGACGACUCACCCCUUGCAGAGGAGCUGGUGGGACCGAGCGACCAUGAGCCCUACCUGCAGGUAGCGGACUGGUGGCUGCACCACCUGCGCGACGACGGCAGUGGCUGCAUGACGCCAGAUGAACUGCGUGUGCUACGCUGGGUGUACGGCAACAUCAUCAAUGUGCAGGCGGAGGAGUUCUGCGCGCGGCAGCGGGAGCUGCGGGGCGGCCGGGAGCGCGACGUGGCCAUCCUGGAGCUGUACGACGAGGUGGCUGCCGUGUGGCGCAGCCUGCAGGCCGUGACCGACAAGCGCAGCCGGCUGGAGGCGCUGCGGCGGGCCGCACGCGGGCACUUUGCCGUCGUCAAGCGGCUGGAGGAGGCGGGCGGCCAUGCCACUCUGGAGCAGGCCACGGAGUUUCUGGAUGCCGUGCUGUCGGGUUACUGCCAAGGGCAGCAGGGUGGGCUGGUUGCUUCCACGUCGGCGCCUGCUGCGGGCGCCGGUGCUACCCCUGGCGGCGGCAGCGAUGCCGCCGCAGCGGCCUCAGGGCCGCCAGAGCAGCCAGGCACGCCGACUACGUCCGAGUCUACCGCAGCCCAGAGCGACGCCUUGCCGACCGCGACCCCAGCAAUCACCGGCGGCAGUGAAGCGACGGCCAUGGUAGCGGCAGGCGGUGCUGCUGCCGGCUCGUCGGGCCCGCUGCUGUACCUGUGCGAGCGCGCUGUGGAGGUGGUUCGGCGGCACCCCGCGCUGGCGCAGGAGCCCAGCCAGCGGUACGCCGCGGCGCUGCUGGAGCGGGAGCUGUCGGUGCUGGCACUGGUGGAGGUGAUGGUGGCGGCGGAGGCGGAGGAGGCGGCGAGGGAGCGCGGCGUGGCGGAGGAGUCGCUGAAGCGGCAUCGCGCGGAGCACCGGGAGGCGGAGGCGGAGUACCAGCGUGUGCAGGCCGAGGGCCCCGCCAGCCACCGCAAGAAGGACCUGCUGGACAAGGCCACCAAGGAGGCGGAGCACCGGGAGCAGCUGCGGGAGCUGGCAGCCCGCCUGGCGUCGCUGUCGGACAGCAUCGCUGCGGACGAGGCCAGCAAGGUCAAGUGGGCAGACAAGCAGGACGAGGCUGAGAGGGAGCUGGCGUACGUGCGCGACGCCAUCCGCCAAACCAGCGCCCGCCGAGCUUCUCUCCUUGACGUGUGCGCCACCCUGGACGUGCCGUACUCCGUGCCACCGCAACAGCAGCAGCAGCAACAACGGCAGCAGCUGCAGCUGCAGCAACAGCGUCUGAACCGCAGCGGUGCCAGCGGAACUACCGCUGACCCGGCAAUGGCAGAGGGCGUGAGCUUCCCGGCCGACGCGGAGGACUGCACCGCGGCGCUGGCGCUGGGGCCAUCUUCCGCCGCAGCCGCUGACAUGGAGUGGCGCGCCACGCGGCUGGAGUGCCUCAUGUACCGCGUUCUGUGGGUUUCGGAGGCCGUCAAGAUGUUCCAGAUGCAGUACAGUCCCCGCCAGUCCACUCACCACUACGACCUGUUCAUCCGCGCCACGCACUGGGCCAAGCAGCUAAGCGAGGAGUACGAGGACAACAUCCGCUCCUACUGCUGCGAGCUGGAGCGACUGCGUGCACGCCUGCGCGACGUGGCUGCAGUGGACCUGGGCUACGAGAUCGGCGCGGCGGCCCUGGAAGUCGUCCGCAGGCGCGUCGAGGCUGCUGCACGGGCCGCGCGUGAGGCCGCUAGCCUGACCCUGCUGAAGGAGCUUGAGGAGGAGGAGGAGCGGCGCAAGGCGGCACAGGCCGCGGCCAAGGAUGCCAAGGAGGGGGCUGGAGGUGGUGGCGCAGGAGGCAAGAAGGCUGGGGCCAACAAGAAAGCUGCCAAGGCGUCGCAGGACAGCCGGAGCCGGGCACAGAAGGAGAAGGAGCGCGAAAUGGCCAAGCAAGCCGAGGAGGAGGCCCGGCGCCGCGCUGAAGAGGAGGACAAGGAGCGUGUUGCGGCAGCGCGGCGAGCGCGUGAGGCAGCUCUGGAGGCCGAGCUGGAGCGGCGGCGGCGCGAGCUGGAGGAGCUGGAGGCGCAGCGGGAGGCAGAGGCCAUCCGGGCCGCCCAGGAGGCGAGCCUGCGGGAGCAGCAGCUGCGGGAACAGCGCGAGAAGGAGCAGCGUGAGAAGGCGGCGGCAGCCGCUUUGGCUGCUGCGCAGGCUCAGGCGCAGGCGCAACACCAGCAGCAAUUGCAGCAACAACUGCAGCAACAGCUCCAGCAACAGCAGCAAGCGCAGCAACAGCAACUGCAGCAGCAGGCACCUGCCGCCGCAGGGUCAGGUCGCGGUACUCAUACCGCUGCUGGGCACUCGGCAGGAGGUGGUCGCAAGCAGGAGCCUGCUACCCAGCAACAGGUGCGGCGGCAAGCUGCGGCAUCGGCUGACGCCUCCCCGGACAAGCUGCAGCAGAAGCGCAACGCGGCUCCCGGCACACGUGCUCGUGCCGCUCACUCGCUUCCGGACAGGAGCCCCAACAGCCCAGAUCCCGCCAUGGCAGCGCCACCGUUGGCCAACGGAUACCCCUCGGGCAAUGCGGGGCGCGGAGGCACGCCGUCUAAGCACGCUGGUCAACCUGUCGUUAAUGCUGGGGGAGCCGGAGUACCGCAGAGUGCACCUCAGGCCGCAAACAACGCUGUGGCGCCUUCUGGGAAGGGGAAGCAAGGUCCAAAUGUCGCCCCACCUCCCAGCCUCAAUGCUGCAAACCCGGCAGCCGUUCCAGACGCCGCCGCUGCAGCAGCUGUGGCGGCGGCUACAGCUGGCAUCGUCAAGUCGACUCAUGCCGCUCCCGGCGCCCGGGGAAGCCCGGCGAAGCAGGGGCCGCAGGGCCAGGGCCCAGCCGGUAACAGCGCAGCGCGUCGACAGCACCAUCAGCAGCAGCAACAGCCUUCUGGCAGCUUCACCGGUGUACCACCGCAUGGAGGGAUGCCCAACGGCCCGCAGGCCGGUGCGGGCAUGGCCAUGCCCAACGUAGCUCCGGCCUGGAUGUCCACACAGCCACCUGCUCCGAACGCGGCGAUGCCCCCGAUGUCGCUUCCGCAGCAGCAACCGGUACCACAGCUGCCUGUCAUGCCAAUUGAUGCAACGCAUGGAGGGCAAAACAUGGGCAUGGGCAUACCCACUGGGCCGCUCAGCCCCGGCUCGGAGUUCCCGCCUUUACCUAUCCCUCAUGCUGCGACAGGCCCGCAGCAGCACCAAAGGCCCCCUCCGCAUACCGCGGUACCGCAUGCAAUGUCGCCCAUGCAGUCGCAUCAGCAGCAGCAGGCUGCGCUCAACUUCCAGCUGUCACAACAGGCGCAAGCUCAUGCUUACGCCGAGGCCCAGGCGCGGCUUUUGGCGCUGGCUCAAAUGCCGGCUGCCACUGCGGCGGCGGUCGCAGCUGCUGCAGCUGCUGCGCAGCAACAACAAUCGGCUCUGUCGCCCCGCGCAGAGGUGCCGGUGCUCCCUUCUGAGCACCUGCACGCGCAGCUUCGCCAGCAGCAGCUACAGCAUCAACAGUUGCAGCAGAGCGUGCAGCAGCACUACAGGCAGCAGCUACAGCAGCAGCAACUACAGCAGCAGCAGUUGCAGCAGCAGCAGCUACGGCUGGAGCAGCAACAGCAGCAGCUCUUCCAGGCGUCUCCCAGGCAGCAUCCUUCCGGUCCGGGCGUUUCCGCCUUCGAUCCCUUUGCCGAGAACCCGCUCCUGAAGGCCCUAUCCGCCAUGGAGGCCAAGACGCCGCAGCCUACCUCGCCUAAUGGCGCGACAGGGGCUGCUGUGCCCUUGGCUGCUGCGUCUACAAUCACAGCAAGCCGCGCCUCUAGUGUCAUGGCCCCGGCGCAGCAGGAGGGGCAAGGGCAGCCCGAUCCACUGCUAGCCGCCAUGCAGGGCGCCCAUGGCGGGGCGGCGGCGGCUGCCAACCCGGAGGCCGACACGCACAUCAUGUCCAUCAUGUCGAUCCUGGACCAGGACAGUCAGAGCCCUGCAACAGGAUCGGCUCCCAGCGGCGGUGCGGCGCAGCAGACGGGCGCGGGCGCUGGGGCGAGGUCAUCUCCCACUGCUGCAAGCGGCUCCGCGGGCCCAGCCUCGCAGGCGACCACUGCUAACAGCAGUCCGCAGCGCGCUCUGCUGCCGCCCGGUCCCCCGGCUGGGCCGCCGGGAUCCAUGUACGGCAAUCCUUUCAGCAUGGCUGGCUCUGCCGGGACGCCGCUGAUCCCCAGCGGAGUGGAUAGUUCUCCCAGUGCCGCUGGAGCUCAGGGUGGGCAUGCCAACACGAUGGGGUCCCCUGGUGUUGCCCGGUCUCCGCAUACGCAGCCGGGUGCGCUGCCGAAAGGCGGUCUGGGGCUGCAGCAGGCGGGCUUGGGCAUGCAGGGGCACCUGCAGGGAGAUGCGCUGUCGGGGGUCACGUCUGGGGUUGCGCAGGCGGGCUUGUCCGGGCUGGCUGCGAGUGCCGCCUUUGGCAGCGGCAUUUGGCGCCAGGGGAGUGAACAGUUAGGCAACGGCACGCAGCUGCCAAUGGGUAUGCUGGGUUUGGGCCUUGGUCUCAGCGGCAUCGGUACGGGUCCCAACACCUGGGGUAGCGUUGGCCUGCCACAGCCGGGCUCCGCGGGCGGCUCGGCGGCUGGCGGCCUGCGCAGCAGCACCACUGCGGCGGCGUCUCCGAGGCAGGGCAGUGGCGGGGGUGGUAGUGAGUGGGCGGCGGCGUCAGGCGGUACUGCCGCCGCCAGCAGCGCUAUGGCCAGUGCUGGUCGGCGCGACAGCGGUGUGACGCUGCCCGAGUCGGUGGACUCGCUGGUGGCGGCGCUGCCCACCACACUGCUGCCCAGCAGCCUGGAUGCGGAGCCCUCGUCGCCCAGCCCGCCAGCGGCGGUCGGGGGCACAGCGGCAUCGUCGUCGGGCCUGGCGCCGACAGCGGCGCCCUUCUACCCGGCUAGCCUGCGUGGCAAAGUUGCAUCCGCCGCCGGGGCUGGUGGUGGUGGCAUGGGUCAGCAGCAGCACAUGGGGUCGACGGGCAUCUCGGGCAUGGGUAUGGGUCCCAUGGGAAUGGGCGCCGUGUUCAGCGAUGGUGCGACUGCAUGGAUUGGUGGGCUGGUGCCUGGCAAGCAGGGCCCCACGGCGGGUGGGAUGGCUGGCGCGGCUGCAACUGCCGCAGCUGCCAUGGCAGCAGCAGCGGCCAAUGGCCUGGUCGGGCCAGGGCCGCACAUGGCGCAGCAGCAGCUAAGCGGGCCCGGCGGAAUGUCCAAUGCAAUGGGCCCGGGUGCUAUGCGCUAUGGUGUAGGUCUGUACAGUGGUGAUGGGGUGAAUUGGUCACACAGUGGCCUGGUACAGGGUCCUGGGGGUGUAGUGGGCACUCCGGGCGUGCCGGUGCGCUCGACAAGCAGCACUUGGGCGCCGUUUGUGCCGCCAGGGGUGGGUCAUACGGGUAUGGGGGCUAGUCAGCAACAGCUUGUUCAGCAGGCGGCGCAGCAGCAAGCAGCACAACAGCCACAGCAGAUGGCAGGAUGGCCGCGUGGACAACGCUGGCGCAAUUAGGGGGACCGCGUGGACAACGCGGGCUUUAUGUAGUUAACUGUCACGGUACUUUCUUAAGGAGUUAUAAGGACAGUUUUUCAUAGGAAGGCACUCAGUGGAGUAGCUGUAUAGGGCAGGUUUUGCGGGCGUGAAUGGCAUCGGUCCUGCAACCGUGUUGGGUUCCGGCAAGGGUUGCAUUUUUGGGUAGACCAUGAUCAAACACACGUCGUACUUGCACGACAUCUGGAACGUGCAGGCCAUGGGGCAGGAGGCCUGCAAGGAUGCUUACACUAAAGCACUUGGUUAUGCAUUGCUCUGAUUAUCUGUAACCGUAUUGUUGCGGACCCUUCACGCUAGUCUCCUUCGAUCCGAGGCAGCUGCAAAGUAACUGCGAAAGAUUACCAUAUAGCAUAGUGAUUUGGCAUCAUUUACUUUUAGAUUGAAACGCCAAACUCGCUAAGAGCUAGGAACGCGACCACGGAGCAGGCCUGCGGAGGAUGGCCACGUCACCUGCAAUGCUGCGUCUCAUGACGGAUCUUAAAGCCAUUAAAUUGGAACCCCCUGAGGGUUGCAGCGCUAGCCCGGUGGACGAGUCCAACCUGCUUGUGUGGCAGGCGGUGGUGAUGGGCCCUAAUGACACGGAGUGGGAGGGCGGCAUCUUCAGCCUACGGUUUACAUUUACUGAGAGCUACCCGGAGAAGCCGCCUCGCGUGCGCUUCUGCUCUGAGAUGUUUCAUCCGAACGUCUACACGGAUGGCUCCCUCUGCUUGGACGUGCUCCAGGACCAGUGGUCUCCCUGCCACAACGUGGGCUCGCUGCUCACCUCCAUCCAGUCGCUGCUAACCGACCCCAACUGCUCCAGCCCAGCGAACCCCGAGGCAGCCCGACUCUACCUACACGACCGCGCGGCGUACAAGAGGCGUGUGCGCAACAUCUCCCAGAAGAGCCUGGAGAACAGCUGACGACACGGCAAGCUGCACUUGCUGCUCAUGCGGCUGCCUGCCGGAGCGCUGGGAACGUCUCGCAAAGCCGGGGUUGCGUUGCGUGAAGCCUCAAGCGCGCCUUUGGAUCUCCUCUGUAUCAACACUCAACAUACCCCGCCGGCGUGCUUCAGCGUUGCGGUGUUUCCUAGCGACAUUGGUAAUGUAGUACUGCAAAUACGAAAUGCACGUGGCCGGUACGGCUUGUAAGUUGCUGUGGCUAAGCCCACAUUGUAUCACUGUGGUGUAGUUGGCGUUGGACCUAAACGUAUAUAUGUUGAUAAGGGCGGCGGCUCUUUUUGUCUGAAGAUUCCGCAGGUUUUGACGCAAGGCAAGUGGGUGUUGUGUUGCUAGGCGGUGCCUAGGGCUGGCAAUUUAAGUUGUACAAUGUUAGAAUCUGUCCACACCAACUAAGCAUUUGAGUUUCGUGUCAGUUGGUUGGUAGCAUUUGAGUUUCGUGUCAGUUGGUUGGUAUGCCGGGGUUGCCGGAAUCCCAUAAAGGCGGGGCACCUUUCCCUUUGCUGUGCGUUAGGUCCCUGACGGGACGGACGUGCAUGUGCCCCGCUCCAUUGUGCCGCUAUGCACAACGCAUUGCAACGUGUUAAG